AUGACCGGCUUCUCUGGAAAGCGCAAGUCCGACGUGCUGGAUCUGACAGGCGACUCCGAUGAUGCAUCUGAAAACCAUGCGCAUAAAGCCAGCCGCACGGGCCCAUCUUUGUUGGACCCGCAGAGCAUCAGCACCGCGCAGCGAUUCGGUGAAAGCGCGGAUUAUAUCCCCUUGAAUCAGCUUUCACAGGUUACUGGCGCGGACGAGGAGGAUGCUCAAGCCACGGACCUGGUCCAGAGCAGCCAAGAUGUUGAUGAAUCCUCACUUGCCAGCUUCGUUCUCUACGGCCUCCUGAAUACAAAGAUUGUCGGUGUCCGUUUCUACAACGGAUAUGCCAGCCCGGGAGAGCAUGUCACGCUCAAGCGGGAGCCUACUAACCCGUACGACCGCAAUGCCAUUCGGGUCGACAACGUCAUGGGCAUGCAGAUCGGUCACAUUCCGAAGACUAUGGCAGUAAAGCUGGCCAAAUACAUGGAUGCCAGGGCUCUUCUGAUCGAAGGCGUAUUAACUGGCCAUAUCGGUGCAUAUGAUUGCCCGAUUGCAUUGAAACUCUUUGGAACCAAUGAUCCAGUCCAACGAGCUGGGCUCAAAGCCCAAAUGAAAGAGGAUAGACUCCCUCUGACUGAUAUCAACGGCAGAGAGCGCGAAGAACGUCAGCGGGAAAAGCAGCUCGAAAAAGAGCGGAAAGACGCCGAGAAGAAGUCUCGUGCCAUGGCGCUUGGUAAGGCGGCAGCACAAUGGCAGGCUUCAGACAAUCCCAUGUUUUCCAACCUCUCCACUCCAACCGGCAAUGGCGAAGAGGGCGAGAGCUUGGAAGAACUUCUCAGCCAGAGUAGCAGUUUCAACCCAAGAGAUGUGGGUAAGGUGGUGGAGAACUUUGGUCAGAAGGAAGCCGAGUUGGAAAAAAUGCCCAUGGUCGAUACGCCGGCUGGUCUGGCCACUCAGCUGCUGCCAUAUCAGCGCCAGGGACUCGCCUGGAUGAUCAGUAAAGAGUCUCCGAAACUUCCUGCGGCCAAUUCUGAAGAUAUCGUGCAGCUCUGGAAGCGGAACGGAAAGAUGUUCACCAAUGUCGCGACUAACUACUCCACGUCCACUCCACCUCCCCUUGCGAGCGGUGGUAUCCUGGCUGAUGAUAUGGGGCUGGGCAAGACUAUCCAGAUCAUCUCGUUGAUUCUUGCCAAUACUCAAGCGCGGACUUCCUACUCGUGCAAGACUACUUUGAUCAUCGCCCCGGUCGGUGUCAUGAGCAAUUGGAGAAACCAAAUCCGAGAUCACACCCGCAGCGAAACUGCUCCCCGUGUCUUGAUCUACCAUGGCUCUGGCAAAAAGGAGGCCGCGAACUUGAGCCAGUAUGAUGUUGUGGUAACCAGCUACGGUGCUCUUGUUAUGGAAUUCAAGGAGAACGAGAAGACAAUGCCCAAAAAGGGUAUCUUUUCCGUUCACUGGCGUCGUGUGGUGCUCGAUGAAGGCCACACUAUUCGUAAUCCCCGGUCAAGGGGUGCUCUCGCUGCUUGCCACCUGCGCGCAGACUCGCGCUGGACAUUGACUGGCACACCGAUCAUCAACACACUCAAGGACUUGUACUCACAGGUUCGGUUCCUCGGUCUUACCGGUGGUUUGGAAGACAUGGCGGUAUUCAAUAGCGUCCUGAUCCGCCCUCUUACAGCCGGAGAACCUGAAGCUCGGCUGCUUCUCGAGGCUUUGAUGGGCACUAUCUGCCUGCGGCGAAGAAAGGACAUGGGCUUCAUCAAUUUGCGUCUUCCCGAGAUGACAUCUCGGGUCCUUCGCGUCAAAUUCCAGGCUCACGAACAGGAGAAAUACAACGCACUACAGGACGAGGCAAAAGGCGCUCUUCUGGAGUUCAAGGACAAGGAAGGGAAGUACUCUCAUCUUCUUGAGGUCAUUCUCCGGCUGCGUCAAGUUUGCAAUCACUGGGCCCUCUGCAAGAACCGGAUUGAUAAGCUCAUGGACACGCUUGAGGAACACAAAGUUGUUCCUCUGACCCCGGAAAACGUCAAGGCUCUCCAAGACAUGCUGCAACUUCAGAUUGAGAGCCAGGAAGUGUGUGCCAUCUGUCUCGACAAUCUUGAACAGCCAGUGAUCACAGCUUGCGCCCAUUCAUACUGCCGAGGGUGCAUCGAACAAGUUAUCGAUCGACAACGGAAGUGUCCGCUCUGCCGUGCCGAUAUCAACGACCCUUCCACUCUGGUUUCCCCCGCUGUCGAGCUCGGCGAAGAUACCAACGAAGUUGUCGCUGAUCCCAACAACCCCAGCAGUAAGAUCGAAGCCCUCGUCAAGAUUCUGACGGUCCAGGGCCAGGUACCCGGAACCAAGACCGUGGUCUUCAGCCAGUGGACUUCAUUCCUUGACCUUGUCGAGCCUCAUCUCGAGCAGCGCGGCAUCAAAUUCGCCCGCAUCGACGGCAAGAUGUUAUCCGUGAAACGCGACUUCGCUACAGACGUAUUCUCGAACGACCCUUCUUGCACCGUGCUCCUCGCCAGUCUGAGCGUCUGCAGCGUCGGCUUGAACCUAGUGGCGGCUAACCAGGCGAUCUUGGCCGACAGCUGGUGGGCGCCUGCCAUUGAAGACCAAGCCGUGGACCGUGUCUACCGUCUUGGACAGAAGCGCGAAACUACUGUCUGGCGUCUUGUCAUGGAGGACUCCGUUGAGGAGCGUGUGCUGGAUGUCCAGGAACGGAAGCGUAGUCUCAUGCUGGCUGCUUUCCGGGAGACUGGGAAGAAAAAGGCUGAGGAUCGAGCUACUCGGGUUGCGGAUCUUGAGAGUUUACUGGGUUGA